AUGGCGGAGGGUCCUGAUCCACGAGGACAACAUUUUGUUACCUGUCAGCUUUGUGACGACAAUGUUCAAUUCUACUGUAGGCCGUGUAAAAUAAGACUUUGUGUAAAAUGUGUGUCUCCUCAUCUGGAAACUAACGCACCGGACCAUAAUAUUGUGUAUUAUCACAAAAGAUUAGGGACGACAGCUAGGUCUCUCCACGAUCCCCAGAUCAAUGGAACAAUAUUAUGUGGAUAUCAUGCGAUGCUCUGCAUACGAUAUGCCGGUAAGAGCCGUAUAUUCGUAAGUUCGCAUGUUUCGAGAGAUAUUAAGCUUUUUCAUACAAAUGGUACUUUGUUAAAUACGCUUACACCCAGUUCUUUAGCGAUGUAUUUGACUCCAUAUGAAGACGGUGUGUUGUAUACAGGUACUGGAGGAAUAAGAAAAAUCAAUCAUGACGGUGAUCAAUUAUUUUUACCAUUAGAGGGGAAUCUAACAGGCAUUAAAUUUGUAGAACCUAACACAAUAUAUGUCUGCAAGUGGUCCGAAGUUGAAAAGCGAACCACUGGAGGUAAAAAGCUUCUAAGUAUUAAAUACAACGACCAAGGGGACGGAAUAUAUGGAAAUGCUGAAAAUAUUUCAAUAAAUGGAAACGGGGAUAUUUGUGUAGCCGAGUAUGAUGCCGCCGGGAACAUCGACUCUUACAUUGGAGUUACUGUGGUUGAUGAGAAUGGGAAAUAUCGCUUCUCAUACUCUACAAAACCUCCCUCUUGGCCAAUGGACCUUUGUUGUGACUCGGAUUUCCAAAUAAUCAUUGCUUUUAUAUCGAGCACAAUACAUGUAAUAGACAAAGAUGGUCACUUUUUGCGGAAACUGGAAUAUAGUGGAAUUGAUAAACCUUGGAGUGUGACCAUCGACAAUAGAGACAAUCUCUUUGUUUCUCAAAUGCAUGACGAUUUUUUGAGAAUGGUGGCAUACAUGCACUAA